AACGGAUAAAUGUGUCAUCUUUGAAAGCUUGAGAGAAUUGAGAGGGUAAGCAAACAACCUCUCGUAGCUUCUGUUAUCUCUUAAAUCGAGACAGACACACACAGAGAGAUAGUCAGUAUGAAGGCAGAUACGAUGAGAAUAUCAUCAGCUUCGAGUUCAUCACUAUGUAACGUACAUAGUUCAAGAAGACUAAAUUCACUUCCCACCAGUAGAUUAUUAGGACUUAACAGUCUAAAUCGAUCAUCAUCUCUAUCAGAAUUCUUUGGAAAUGUUCACCUCUCUUCAAAAUCAUCGAAGGUUUCAAUUUUGCAGGACCAGAAGAAACGUUUCUCUCCUGUUGCAAUGGCUGCACCAGUUGAAGAGAGUAAGCGUGCGGUGCCGUUGAAGGACUACCGUAAUAUUGGGAUUAUGGCUCACAUAGAUGCAGGAAAGACUACAACAACUGAAAGAAUUCUGUUUUACACUGGAAGAAACUAUAAGAUUGGUGAAGUUCAUGAAGGAACAGCUACAAUGGACUGGAUGGAGCAAGAACAAGAAAGAGGGAUCACUAUUACUUCUGCUGCGACUACUACCUCUUGGGAUAACCAUCGGAUUAACAUUAUUGAUACUCCUGGGCAUGUUGACUUCACACUUGAGGUGGAACGUGCUCUUAGGGUUUUGGAUGGUGCUGUAUGUUUGUUUGACAGUGUUGCUGGUGUUGAACCACAGUCUGAAACCGUGUGGAGACAAGCUGAUAAGUAUGGUGUUCCUCGAAUUUGCUUUGUUAAUAAAAUGGAUCGGCUUGGGGCAAAUUUCUUCCGGACGAGGGAUAUGAUAGUAAAGAAUUUAGGUGCUAAACCAGUUGUGCUUCAAAUUCCAGUCGGCGCUGAAGAUAAUUUCCAAGGAGUUGUUGAUCUUGUGAGAAUGAAAGCUAUUCUCUGGUCAGGAGAAGAACUAGGUGCAAAAUUUACAUAUGAGGAAAUUCCAGCUCAUCUUGCAGAAUUGGCUCAAGAUUACAGAACGCAGAUGAUUGAAACAAUAGCCGACUUAGAUGACGAAGUAAUGGAAAAUUACUUAGAAGGAGUUGAACCUGAUGAAGCAACCAUUAAGAAAUUGGUUAGGAAGGGAACCAUUGCAAAUAGUUUCGUGCCAGUUAUGUGUGGUUCGGCAUUUAAGAACAAAGGGGUUCAGCCAUUGCUUGAUGCAGUUGUGGAUUAUUUGCCUUCACCACUUGAUUUGCCAGCUAUGACAGGAACUGAUCCCGAUAAGCCAGAUGUCACAUACGAAAGAGCUCCGAGUGAUGACGAAGCAUUUUCUGGUUUGGCAUUCAAGAUCAUGAGUGAUCCAUUUGUGGGGACUCUUACAUUUUGUAGAGUAUAUUCAGGGAAGUUAAGUGCAGGGUCAUAUGUUCUGAAUGCAAAUAAAGGAAAAAAAGAGAGAAUUGGAAGGCUUCUAGAAAUGCAUGCCAAUAGUAGAGAAGACGUUAAGGUAGCUCUAGCUGGUGAUAUUGUUGCUAUUGCAGGUCUUAAAGAUACAAUCACCGGUGAAACACUUUCUGAUGUUGAGAACCCUAUUGUCCUUGAGCGCAUGGACUUUCCUGAUCCAGUUAUUAAGGUUGCAAUUGAACCCAAGACUAAAGCAGAUAUUGACAAGAUGGCAAAUGGGCUAAUCAAGCUUGCACAGGAAGACCCAUCUUUCCAUUUCUCAAGAGAUGAGGAAGGUAACCAAACCGUCAUUGAAGGAAUGGGAGAGUUGCAUCUUGAGAUCAUCGUCGAUCGACUUAAGAGGGAAUAUAAGGUAGAAGCUAAUGUUGGUGCACCCCAGGUGAACUACCGUGAAAGUAUUUCGAAAGUCUCAGAAGUUAAGUACAUCCAUAAGAAGCAAUCUGGUGGAAGUGGACAGUUUGCGGAUAUAACAGUAAGGUUUGAACCAUUGGAACCAGGAAGUGGAUAUGAAUUCAAGAGUGAGAUAAAAGGAGGAGCAGUUCCGAAAGAAUAUAUACCAGGUGUCAUGAAAGGUUUGGAAGAAAGCAUGAGCAAUGGUGUCCUCGCUGGGUACCCUGUUGUUGAUGUUCGAGCUGCAUUGGUUGAUGGAUCUUACCACGAUGUCGACUCUAGUGUCUUGGCAUUCCAGGUGGCAGCACGAGGAGCUUUCAGAGAAGGGAUGAGGAAAGCAGCUCCGAGGCUCCUGGAACCAAUCAUGAGAGUCGAGGUUGUCACACCCGAAGAACACCUGGGUGAUGUCAUUGGUGACAUCAACUCUAGGAGAGGUCAGAUCAACAGUUUUGGUGAUAAACCUGGUGGCCUCAAGGUUGUAGAUUCGUUGGUACCAUUGGCAGAGAUGUUUCAGUAUGUUAGUACACUCAGGGGAAUGACUAAAGGGCGUGCAUCAUACACAAUGCAGUUGGACAAGUUUGAUGUUGUUCCUCAACAUAUUCAAAACCAAAUUGCUGCAAAAGAGCAAGAAGCUGCUGCUUAGAGGUUUCAUUGAUUUCUCUCUUCUUGUGGGAAACAAACAUAUAUCCCAAUUUUUCAUCUUGGUGAUUAAUGAUUCCAGAUAUACUCUUGUGCUUGUAUGAUGUCCGAGCUAUUAUAAUUUUCCAGAGCAAAAGAAAACUAUUUUGCACAUGAUAAUUUGUUAGACCUUAUCAGUUUUCUCGUAAAGAUGGAUUACUGCACAUUGUA